AUGGUCUUCGGCCUGCCCUGCACCCUGGCCACCGGGGCCUGUUUGCAGGCCUGCCCUGCAGCCUGCACCUGCAGCAGCGUGGAACGAGGCUGCUACGUGCGUUGCGAUCGUGCGGGCCUCCUGCGGGUGCCCGCUGAGUUUCCGUGCGAGGCGGCCUCCAUCGACCUGGACAGAAAUGUCCUGGCCGAGCUGCCGGCCCUGCGCGAGCUCACGGCCUUCGACAACCUGUUCCGCCGGGUGCCCGGCGCGCUCCGCGGCCUGGCUAACCUGACUCACGCGCACUUGGAGCGCAGCCGCAUCGAGGCCGUGGCCUCCAGCUCUUUGCAGGGCCUCAGGCGCCUGCGCUCGCUCAGCCUGCAGGCCAACCGCGUGCGCGCAGUGCACGCCGGGGCCUUCAGCGACUGCGGUGCCCUAGAGCAUCUGCUGCUCAAUGACAACCUACUGGCCGCGCUGCCUGCGGCUGCCUUCCUAGGCCUGCACCGCCUGCGCACACUCAAUCUGGGUGGCAACGAGCUGGACCGUGUGGCGCGUGCCUGGUUCUCCGACCUGGUGGAACUCGAGCUGCUUUACCUGGACCGCAACAGCAUCGCUUUUGUGGAGGAAGGAGCCUUCCAGAACCUGUCGGGCCUCCUGGCCCUGCAUCUCAAUGGCAACCGCCUCACCAUGCUCUCUUGGGCUGCUUUCCAGCCUGGCUUCUUCCUGGGCCGCCUCUUCCUCUUCCGCAACCCUUGGCAUUGUGACUGCCACCUGGAGUGGCUGCGCGAUUGGAUGGAGGGCUCUGGGCGUGUGGCUGAUGUGGCAUGCGCCUCCCCAGGUUCCGUGGCCGGUCUGGACCUCAGCCAGGUGGUCUUUGAGCGCUCCUCUGAUGGCUUGUGUGUGGACCCUGAAGAGCUGAACUUCACCACAUCCGGUCCAGGCCCUAGUCCAGAGCCAGUGGCCACCACCGUGAGCAGGUUCAGCAGUCUCCUCUCCAAAUUGCUGGCCCCAAGGGCCCCUGUGGAGGAAGUAGCCAACACCACGUGGGAGCUGGUCAAUAUCUCUCUGUAUGACAGCCUUCCCUCUCAUGGAGUGGUGGUCUUGGGCUGCAAGAUCACGUUUCUCUUCGCCUCUUGCCUCUUGCUCACCCUGGCACAGUAUGUAGUGUUCAGCCUGCACAGGGACUGACUCUGCCACACUGAAGUGACCCAAACUACUUUAGUCAAAAGGGGAAGAUUUAGUAGGCUGUGAUUAGGAGUGUCUGGUGAGAAGAGAGGGAAUACGACUGGGGUUGGUGAUAAAAGUUCUCGCUGAGGGUGGAAGAAACAGCUUGUCUCUAAAGACAGCCCUAGGCAAAGGAGCACUCAGGGAAGUGCAACUGAUGUGGCUAUACAUUUCUGCUCUUCUCACGUGAGCAUCCACUGAAAAGGAGGAGAAUAAGCAUGGGCUCUUGGGGAGGGGGUGAGGAAUGGAAGUUGCCUUCCACUCUAGGCAACAAUGCCCACAAGGCCUAAAUUAAAGUGGGACUCGAUUGGCCAAGUACUAAGAACCAUGUCAUCUCUCCUGCCUCAGUAGCCCACUAAAUCCAAUCCUGUCUUUUCUAACAUGAUCCACUCCCUCCUUCAAUGCUCAGGGGCUUGGGGACAACAAGGUUCAGGAAGGUGGACAGGGCAUUAGAGAAGGGGCAUGGGGAUGAGACUGAGGUCCGAGGCAGGUGGUCUGUGUUAAGAGGAAUUUAAAACAAAGAUUCAUUUCUUUUAUGCCACAAUUGUAUAGGCAGUGUCAGGCCUAUGUUAAGUUAUAAAAUGCUAAAGUUGAAGUUAAACCGGUUUCUCUAAUGUAAGACUUUGCAGAGUCUUUCCAAUGUGAUUGGGAACUUUUAAGGAAGCACAGAGUCCUCUUAGCAUUUCUUUUGUGGGAAGAGUGUCCCUUCCCACAAGAUGCUUUGUUAGCAGUGUAGAGCAUCUCCAGCCGGGACAAGUCCGUUAGGUAUGAAAUUACUAUUAUUUUUAUUUUUAGUGCUGAAUUCAGUUCAUUUUUCUUGAGCUUAUGGUAGUCUAUUACAGCCUGGAGCAGAGAGCUUACGGAAGUCUUAAUCGGGACACUGAAAGACAGGAUUUGCUGCAUUUUUUCUUUUCACACCCCCAGACCCAGAGAGAUGAAAGUAAGUUUUUUCUUUAUUGGGUUUUACUACACAGGGAGAAAUCCCAUCUAAUCCCUAUAGGUUACUGAAAGUUCAAUCAGACAUAACUUUGGCCAAACUUAGUUUUACCCUAUCUAAAAAUUUCUUUUAUAAAACAAGUAUCUGUUCAGAUAUAGGUUACUUUUCAAGGACAUGUAGAAAAUGGAACAAUAAUUAAAUUUAGUGGAAAAGAACUGUUAAAACUGCCUGGCAGGGACAGUAACAUGAUGUGAAUGACACUGCCAUUAGGGCAGGUGCUCUCCAGGGGUCUUGAUCUUCUGUUUAGAGGAGAGCUACUUGUUCAUGCUGUGGCUCUCUUCCAUACUCACCUACCCUGCCUAGCACGCCAACGGUCCUCUUAGUCACACUGUUAUGUCAUUUCAAAGAAGCAUAAAGGACUAUGGACUUCUAGAGAAGGUGAUCAGAGAUUUUCUUCCAACAGGAUUAAAAACUCCUUAAAGAAUUUCAGUCUUUGUAAUGGUAUCAAGCUGAAAUGAGAUCAAGCUGAAAGAAGCUUUUCACAUUUAUUUUCAUACCUGAAAUACAUCGUUAAGAUGCCAAUGUUUUAAUGUAAAAGUAGAAAAUACAGUAAAAAUUUCAGUGCUGCUUAUUUAUCUCAAAUACAAGAUCAGUGAGUAUUAAGCAGGAACAAUAGAGUAAAAAAAAUAAAAUCUGUACAUUUACCUAGACUGAAUUAUCUGCUUGUCAUGGUAAAAGGUUUCAUAGUAACAACCAUUGCCUCAUUGCUUUUCAAACACUAAAGGGGACACUUGUCUAUUCAGAUUUCUUAACUAAGUGUAUGGUGAUUUGGAAACAGUUCACUUUCCAUAUUUAGUAUGUAACCACCAAAUACAUUCUAUUUAUGUGGCCCUGCAGUCCUCUUCAGAAGCAACAGUAAUGUACUUUGCAAAUACCUUGAGACACAAGUUGUACAUUAACAUACACAUAUAAUCUUGAUGAUAGAAAGGCACCCCAAAUACUUUUUCAGUUCUUAGAACAAA